AACACGCACCUCGCACACACGUGACCCCCGGGUUGAAACUCCGCAGUUACACUAAUUUGGCAUCUGACCUAACGCACGGAUAUCUUUAAAAGGAUAAUGGACAAUGAUACGGAUUUUUUUGUGAAAUAUAACGAAGGAACUGACUCUGUACGCACUACAAUUACCCACGAUAUGGCGAAUGAAGAGGAUAUUCUGAAAGACGAUCUCAGAUACUACUUCAUGAAUCCGUGUGACAAAUACAGAGCGCGUCGACAGAUUCCAUGGAAACUCGGGGUGCAAAUAUUGAAAAUCAUCAUGAUUACUACACAGCUUGUCCUUUUUGGGCUGAACAAUCAGCUUGUGGUUUCCUACAAGGAGGAGAAUGCUUUGGCCUUCAAGAACUUGUUUCUGAAGGGUUACAGUGGAGUUGAUGAGAAUGACUACUGUGUGGCAGUAUACUCUCAGGAGGAUUUUUAUGACCACCUCUUUUAUGUGUUUGAUCAGUACAGGCAGUUAAAGAACCUCACCGUGGGUCCUGUGGGCUAUGCUGAGGAUGACAGUAAACUGGUGCCCCUAGUCAUCUGUAAGGAGCACUAUAAGAGAGGCACUGUGGAGCCAUCUGAUGAGUUUUAUGACAUUGAUGCCCAGAUAGAGAGAGUUUGCUUGUCACUUGAUCCCACGAGUCUGGACAGCUGGAAAACAAACAAUGAAUCAUUUUUUGUCCUUGACUUUUACAGGCUUAUAGGUGUUACGAUCUCCUUCCAACUUAAAGGAAUCAACCUACAAACAGUUCGCUCCCUUGAGUUGCCAGACUGUUACACAUUCUUUUUGACAAUUACGUUUGAUAACCAUUCUCACAGUGGAAAAAUUAAAAUCCUUUUAGAAAUUGAUGCUAUCAGCAGUGCUUGCAAAAACUGGAAGAUUUCAGGAACUGCUCAGAAGAACACCCACUACCUUCUGGUGUUUGAUGGCUUUGUUAUUUUGGUCUGUCUAACCUCUGCGGUGCUUUGCACCCGAUCAAUUGUGCUGGCAGUGAAAUUACUUCAGAGAUUUUCCACAUUCUUUCAUGUGCACUACAAGCGUAAAGUGUGCAAGGCUGACCAGAAGGAAUUCUUCAAUGGGUGGUACAUCUUGGUCAUCAUCAGUGACAUUAUGGCAAUAGUGGGAUCUAUACUGAAGAUGGAAAUACAAUCUAAGAGCCUGACCAGCUAUGAUGUCUGCAGCAUUUUCCUGGGGACCUCAACCCUGAUGGUGUGGGUUGGAGUGAUCCGAUACCUUGGAUAUUUUCAGAAGUACAAUGUGCUCAUUCUUACCAUGAAGGCAGCGUUCCCCAAGGUCCUGCGCUUCUGCUGCUGUGCUGGAAUGAUCUACCUCGGCUACACCUUCUGUGGAUGGAUCGUCCUUGGGCCUUACCAUGAAAAGUUUGAAGGCCUGAGCCGGGUGGCGGAGUGCUUGUUCUCUCUCGUGAACGGGGACGAUAUGUUUGCGACCUUCGCUCAGUUCCAGGAGAUGAGUGUGCUGGUGUGGGUCUUCAGCAGAGUCUACCUGUACUCUUUCAUUUCGCUCUUCAUCUAUAUGGUGCUCAGCCUCUUCAUCGCGCUCAUUACCGACGCCUACGAGACCAUCAAGAACUACCAGAAAACAGGUUUUCCAGUGACAGAUCUCCAAAAGUUUCUGAAAGACCACAAGGACUUCCCCUGUUCUGAGGACAGCCGGGAAUUGGAAAGAGACUGCCUGUUUCUCUGCUGCUGUAGAAGGUGUCCUCAACCAACAUUUGCGCGCUCAGUGAAACAUGUCACCAACGCCGAAGAAAUGGUGAAGGCCAUGUCAACAAACACCACCACUACGUUGUCCGAGAUCUCUCUAUUGCAUGUACAACUCUUCCAUGACACAUAAACCAACUUCAACCAAGUCAAAUGCAGUCAGUGAAGAUUUGACCAAGAGAUACACAGGUGUACUGGAAAAUAAUAUAGCCCACACAGCCUCAGCCCUCGACCCCAGAUUUAAGACACAGCGUACUCUUACAGCAAAGCAUUUGGACCAGAUUUUAUUUCUACACUAGCCAGUGGUGGACGAUAAAGUACACUUUUCUACAUUAAUUUAAUUUGUAAUUAAUUAAUACAUUUUUUCAUUUAUUUUAAGUUGCUGAAGGACAAUAUGCAAAAAAGCUUUCAUUUCAAGUAUUUUUUUUUUUGUAUUUUCAUCUUGUUUUUAUUUUUGUAUGAAGAAAUGUUUGUCCAUCUGAGAGCUGUGCUGCUGUGUUCAAAUUGCAGUGGACUACCCUGCCAGCUACAUGUUUCAUGCGUUAUGGGCCUGUUAUGACUGAUGCACUGUGGUUCAGUUUUUGUAUUGGUUUUCAUGCCCUUAAAAGCCUGAGAGGAGGCGCUCUACUAUGCAGUAUAUGUUGAAAUACUUGACAUUUAUUUACAUAAUAAAAUAAGUUAAAAGUAAAUUCUAUUUACAUUUUAAAUUCAUUUUACAUUUUUUUUUGAUGUAUAAUAUAUUUACUGUGGGAUGUAUUCAACUGCUUACUGCAAUCAAAUCUAUUGUAUAAAAUCGAUAAUUACACUAAAUUCGAGAAUCAUUUUGAAAUUGUUGAAAUUGAAUUGUGACCCCAAGAAUCUAAAUUGAAUUGAAUUGUGUGAUUACUAGAUUUCCACCUCUAGUUGACUGGCUAUAAAGGGAUGCUGAUGGUCUAUGUAUGCUGUGUCAUUCAAAUUAUGCUCAAUUGGUAUUAAAGGGCCUAAUGUGUGGCAAGAAAAAAUCCACACAUUACACCUCCACCACCGGCCUGCACCAUUGACACAAGACCAGAUGGAUCCAUUCAUGCUGUUUACGCUACCUGACCCUACCCCCUGCCUGUUGAAGCAGAUAUCGAGAUUUGUCAGACCAUGCAACAUUUGUCCAGUCUUCAAACCUACUGUUUUGGUGAUCACAUUCCCACUGUAGCCUCAUUUUCCUGUUCUUAGUUGACGAAAGUGGAACCCAGUGUAGUCUUCCGCUUCUGUAGCCCAUCUGCUUCAAGGUUCAACAUGUUUUCAGAGAUGCCCUUCUGCACGUCACUGUUGUAAACAGUUGUGGAUUGAGCAACUGUGGCCUUUCUGUUAGUUUGAAUGAGUCUGCCCAUUCUCCUCUAACCUCUUAUAAACAAGUUCACAGAAUUUUUGUAAUCACUCCAUUUUCUGUAAACUCUAGAGGCUGUAGUGCCUGAAAAUCCCAGGAGUUGUUUCUGAGAUCCUGGAACCACCACGUCUGGCACUAAUAAUUCUACCACGGUUACUUUGAUCAUGCGUCUUUCCCAUUCUAAUGUUUGUUCAAACAAAUAAGCCUCUUCAUUAUGUCUACAUGCUUUAUGUAAUACUGAGUUGCAUCCUAUUUGCGUUAACGAUUAAGUGGACCUAAUAAAGUGUCCACUGAUACUUGCAUGGACAAAUGACGUUCCCCCAAAACUGGACUCGACUACAGAAAAAUAACAAAGAGCAAUCAAACUCCCAGCUUGUUUCUUAUUUGUAUGGAACGAAAUAAAUGCGAAACAAUCAUUUUGUAAUGUUUAGGGUCUCCAUCAUGUUAAGUAAUUAAAUAUUUCCUUUGCUGUGUU